AUGAGCGAUUUGACGUGCCUAAACUCCAUGUACAGGUUCUGCAAGGCCGUGAUAGCAGUGUUUGGCCCGGAGUACUUGAGAGAGCCAAAUGCUGCAGAUACAACCCGAUUGUUGGCGAUGAAUGCCAGCCGGGGCUUUCCGGAGAUGCUUGGUAGCAUAGAUUGUAUGCAUUGGGAGUGGAAGAAUUGCCCUUCUACUUGGCAUGGGCAGUAUAUGGGCCAUGUGAAAGCUUGCACUAUCAUACUUGAGGCUGUGGCCUCGCAAUAUCUCUGGAUUUGGCACUCUUUCUUCGGCAUGGCCGGACCUCACAACGACAUCAACGUGCUUCAAUGCUCUGUGCUGUUUGCAAGGCUUGCAAAAGGCAACUGCCCAGAGGUCAAUGUUGAGAUCAAUGGCCACCACUACAGCAAAGGAUACUACCUAGCUGACGACAUCUAUUCUCAGUGGACUACUCUUGUGAAUAUAAUCCCCAACCCUGCGGGAGAGAAGAGGAAGAGAUUUUCCCAAGAGCAAGAGAGUGCUAGGAAGGAUAUGGAGCGUGUCUUUGGUGUUCUGCAAUCUAGAUGGGGCAUCGUUCGGUAUCCUGUUAGAACUUGGAGAACCAAGAAGUUGUGA